GAGAGAGAUGUUAUAUAUUAAGCUUGGCUUCCCUUUGAGCCUUCACAUGUGAAUCCAUGUCAGGAACUGUGUAGUUGGGUAGCUCCCAACCAAAGCAGUCUACUGCUGCUGCUGCUGCUGCUGCUCUCUGCAACCACUGACUGGUAUUCAGUUUCUUCCCAGCCUUUUGGGUUGUGCUGCUGCUUUAUCCAACCUUCCAUCUUCUCCACUGUUCUCACUUUGUUCAGUCUACUCUUCUGUUCUUCCUAUUUCCCCUGUUUUGACAUGGAUUCAUCUUAGGGUUUGCUUCUUCUCCUUGUGUAGUUGCCAUCUCUAGUGGUUCUGGUUCCUUUGAUGGUGGUUUUUUGUGUUGUUGGUCGGUCACGAACAGGGAGACAGCGGUAUAAGAUGGAUGGAGAGAGGAAGGAGCGGUAGGAGUAGGGAAAGACAGAACAGCGUAAGGUAACGAAACAGGGGAGGCGAGAAAAAGAGUUCCGAGAGGGGGGUUGCCCUGAUGGACUGGGACUCCAAGAUCCCUCUAUGGGAUUUAGCAGACCUCGGCCGAGAUGCCGAUCCAAGCGUUGGCAUCGGCUGCGGCCUGGGACGCCGGCCGAGCGAGGUGGACUGCUCGGUCGAUCUGAAGCUUGGGGGAUCUGGAGAUUUUGUCCCGUCACAUGGCUGGAACGACCAACCUAAGGUGCCGACGAUGGCGGCCUCGUCUGGUGCGUCGAAGAGGCUUCCCCGAAACCCUGGAAAUGGCAGCCAGAAAGCGUCAUGCUCGGUCGACGGGUGCAAGGCGGAUUUGAGUGGUUGCAGGGAGUAUCACAGGCGCCACAAGGUCUGCGAAGCCCAUUCCAAGACGCCGGUGGUGAUGGUCGGUGGGCGAGAGCAGCGUUUCUGCCAGCAGUGCAGCAGAUUCCAUUUACUGGUGGAAUUUGAUGAAGUAAAACGAAGCUGUAGAAGACGUCUUGAAGGUCAUAAUAGACGUCGAAGGAAACCGCAGCCAGAUUCCAUAAACUCAGGGAGCUUGUUUGCAAAUCAUCAAGGGGCCACAUUUUCUUCAUAUCCUCCAAUAUUUCCAACAGCUACACCAGAACCCAAUUGGCCUGGAGCUGUCAAGACCGAAGACACUGCUCUCUAUGCACAUUGCCUGCCUUCUCAUGGCACAAACAGAAACCAUAAUGUUCUCAGUACCCACAGCUGGAGCCAAGAAGGAAGGCAGUUUCCUUUCUUGCAGGAGAACAAGACCACCUUCAGCAAAAUAACACUAGGAAUCCCAGUAGGCCAGCCACAUCUCAGGACAUUCAUGCCGUCCGGUAACAGCUGCAGCGGCGGCAAGAUAUUCUCUGAUGGAUCAUCUGAACCUAUCGACUCCGAUUGUGCUCUCUCUCUUCUGUCAGCACCAACUCCGAGCAUCAACACAGGCUUAGGCCAAAUGGUUCAGAUUCCUGCAGGGAUGGAAGACGAUCAUGCGGGCAUUUUUCUGGUCUCUGAUGCUAAUGAAUCUGAGAUACAUUUCCCAAAUGUACUUCAUGUUGGGGGUGAAGGUUCAUCGGUGGGGACAUCUCAAAGCCUUCCAUUUUAUUGGCAGUGUUAGGUCCAGCUCCAGUAAGGUAUCUUUUAGCUAAACAUUGUUGGGGCACAGCUUCUGAUCCCUCCAUGAUCUGAAGCUUUUUUUUCUCAUUUUAUUUCCAUGACCUGGAAGAAGAUGGACUACCUUAAUUUACUUGUGGUAGAAUAACUAACCAAUGCUGGAAUCGAAUUAUGAUUAAGAUUGUUGUGUUUGCUA